AUGCAAUCCUUCUCAUCCCCAAAAGAUCCAACAAAAAAACGGUUGAAAAAGAAGCUAUUCGUAACCAGAAUCAAGAUAAGGAUUCAUUCCCUUAACUACUCAAUUUCAAACUUCUCUUCCAUUUGCGGACUUGGCGAAGAGAGGUGGACGGGAAGAUCAAAGGACGAAUCGACAUCGAUAGAAAAGGAACAUCUACAUGAUGCAUGA